GCCCCGGAGGGGCGGGGCCGUCUCCCUCGGUUUCCGUCACUUCCGGUUCUCUGUCAGUCCGGAGCCAGCGAGCGCGAGCCUGUCUGUCUGUGGGAGCGGAGCAAUGCCUAAAUCAAAGGAACUUGUUUCUUCAAGCUCUUCUGGCAGUGAUUCUGACAGUGAAGUUGACAAAAAGUUAAAGAGGAAAAAGCAAGUUGCUACAGAAAAGCCUAUCAAAAAGCAAAAGACGGGCGAGACGUCGAGAGCUCUGGCAUCCUCCAAGCAGAGCAGCAGCAGCAGAGAUGAUAACAUGUUUCAGAUUGGGAAAAUGAGGUACGUGAGUGUUCGGGACUUUAAAGGGAAAGUUCUAAUUGAUAUUAGAGAAUAUUGGAUGGAUCCAGAAGGUGAAAUGAAGCCAGGAAGAAAAGGUAUUUCUUUAAAUCCGGAGCAAUGGAGCCAGCUGAAGGAACAGAUUUCUGACAUUGAUGAUGCAGUAAGAAAACUGUAAAAUCUGAGCCAUAUAAACCUGUACUGUUCUACUUGUUUUAAUCUGUCUUUUUACAUUGGCUUUUGUUUUCUAAAAUGUUUUCCAAGCUAUUGUAUAUUUGGAUUGCAGAACAAUUUGUAAGAUGAAUACUUUUUUUUUAAUGUGCAUUAUUAAAAAUGUUCUGAGUGAAGCUCAUUGUCAACUUUAUUCAGGAAGAUUGCUUUGUGUCUCCCACCUAGUGUGUAAAAAUAAAAUCAAGUAAUUGCAAUC